UAGUGCGUUGGGCGUAACGGCGGAAGGAUACAGCGCGUUCUGUAUAAAUAGCCGGGGCUUUUGUUUUGAGCCGUUAUAUUCGCUCCCCUGACGAGAGGAAAGAGAUUCACGCAUUCCGCACUCUUCCAGAAAAGAACAUUUGUUUCGUAAAGAUGCAGAUCUUUGUAAAGACGCUGACUGGCAAGACCAUCACCCUCGAGGUUGAGCCCAGUGACACCAUUGAGAACGUAAAAGCUAAAAUCCAAGACAAAGAAGGCAUUCCUCCUGACCAGCAGCGUCUGAUCUUCGCUGGCAAGCAGCUGGAGGAUGGACGCACGCUGUCCGACUACAACAUCCAGAAGGAGUCCACCCUCCAUCUGGUGCUCCGUCUGAGAGGUGGUAUGCAGAUCUUCGUGAAGACCUUGACUGGCAAGACCAUCACUCUUGAGGUGGAACCAAGUGACACCAUUGAGAACGUCAAGGCCAAGAUCCAAGACAAGGAAGGCAUUCCCCCUGACCAGCAGCGUCUGAUCUUCGCUGGCAAGCAGCUGGAAGAUGGACGCACUCUUUCCGACUACAACAUCCAGAAGGAGUCCACCCUCCAUCUGGUGCUCCGCCUCAGGGGAGGCAUGCAGAUCUUUGUGAAGACCUUGACUGGUAAAACCAUCACUCUUGAGGUGGAACCAAGUGACACCAUUGAGAACGUCAAGGCCAAGAUCCAGGACAAGGAAGGCAUUCCUCCUGACCAGCAGCGUCUGAUCUUCGCUGGCAAGCAGCUGGAAGAUGGACGCACCCUGUCCGACUACAACAUCCAGAAGGAGUCCACCCUCCAUCUGGUGCUCCGUCUGAGAGGUGGUAUGCAGAUCUUUGUGAAGACCCUGACUGGUAAAACCAUCACUUUGGAAGUUGAGCCCAGUGACACCAUUGAGAACGUCAAGGCCAAGAUCCAGGAUAAGGAAGGCAUUCCCCCUGAUCAGCAGCGUCUGAUCUUCGCUGGCAAGCAGCUGGAGGAUGGACGCACCCUGUCCGACUACAACAUCCAGAAGGAGUCCACCCUCCAUCUGGUGCUCCGCCUCAGGGGAGGCAUGCAGAUCUUCGUCAAGACCCUGACUGGCAAGACCAUCACCCUUGAGGUGGAACCAAGUGACACCAUUGAGAACGUGAAGGCCAAGAUCCAAGAUAAGGAAGGCAUUCCCCCUGACCAGCAGCGUCUGAUCUUCGCUGGCAAGCAGCUGGAGGAUGGACGCACCCUGUCCGACUACAACAUCCAGAAGGAGUCCACCCUCCACCUCGUCCUGCGUCUUCGUGGGGGCAAUUAAUCUGCUCAUUAUGUUAAAUGUAACAGUCUUGAAAUUUAUCAGACCAAUUCCAAUUUCCUUUGUUCCUCUUAAUCAUUGAAUAAAGCUCUGGCAUUCCUGA